CUUUUGGAACCCAGUUUCAUUUCAAUGGAUUCGCAUGACAUCUCGUGGCUUCCGGAUGGAGCAGAAUUUUCGACACUUUUCUCCGGAACCAUCUUGGCCCUUAGCCGCCUUAGCCUCACUCCACUGCCGCGCUUGUCCAUUCCACCGCGCAGCCCAGCGAAACACCGCUGUGUCCACGGCGCGGUGGGUCACCCACCGCGCAGCCCCGCGAUGCACCGCUCGGUGCUGGAUCACAUGGGCUCGGCCGAGACGCCCUUCGAGCAAGUCUUGAACUCGGAGCUCUUGCAGCUGAAGAGAGUCCUCCUCCGCGAGCAUGAGUUCGAAACCAAGAGCUUGCGGACGGCCAACACUAAGAUGCGGGAAGAGCUUGAGAAAUUUGAGGCUUACGUGGAGGAGGAAGCUGCCGCAGGGAAAGAGAUGCAGGUCGCUCGAACUGUGCCAGUCGAGAGGUGGGCACAUUUGACCGAGAGGUUGAUGGAGGACUCAAUGCACUCACAGUGGCAAGAGAUCGAGGAGCCUACCGCUUUGCACCGAGAAGAACUUCACAUGCGAAGCGUUUGGAAGGUCUCUUUUCAGGAUGUCCUUCGGCGCAAGCACAUGAAUUUCCGUUCCAGUAAGGUGCCGUCAGAUUCCAACAUGAGGAUGAAUCAAGCUUUGCAGGAAGACUGCUGUUUACAAGGCUUCGUUGUGCCCCCGCGUAGCAGCAAACAGCUGACGUGGUCGAUGAUUGGGAGCUUCCUGAUCCUGUGGGAUCUCAUCACCAUCCCGCUGGGGAUCUUCGACUUGCCGGAGUUCAUUGAUUUUCUGUCGAUGGUUGCAAGGAUCUCCUUCGUGUAUUGGCUCUUCGACAUGCCUUUGCACUUCCUCUUCGGACUGGAGAUCCAGGGCUCGGUCGAGCUACGCCCCACCAAGCUCGCCAGGCAUUACUUGAAAACCUGGUUCUUCAUCGACUUGUUGGUGAUCGUGAUCGACGCGGGGAUCACGGCAGUGGAGAUCUCGGGGGAGGUGGGUGUGGAGCUGACCGCCUUCCACUCUGCACGCUUCCUGCGCGCCUUGCGGCUCCUGCGCUUGCUGCGCUUGCUGCGGGUGGCCAAGUUGCAGCAGGAGAUGAUGGUCCUGGCCAAUCGCUUUUUGUCGACACAUACCUUCAUGCUCAUGAAGGUGGUGGCUGGAGUCUUCAUGAUUUUGCUUAUCAACCACAUCAUCGCAUGUUCCUGGUUUGGCAUCGGCACAUGGGAGUUUGAUGGAAAGAGUUGGAUGUUCUUGCUGGGCUUAGAUCCCAAAACGGCCACCUUCGCGGAGUCGUAUUCGGCCUCGAUGCACUGGGCCCUCACGCAAUUCACACCUGCAACCAACAACAUCGCCCCAGACAACGCCCUGGAGAGAACCUUCGCACUGGUGAUCAUUCUCUUGGCCAUCGGCGUCUUCAGCAGCUUCAUCACGCAGAUCACCAGUACCAUGAGCUCCCUGCGCUCCGCGCGCACAGAGCAGUCGCAGAAACGCGCCAAGCUCCUCCAGUUCUUCAGCGAAAGAGGCCUUUCAGUGGGCCUCUUUGGGAAGAUCCAACAAGCACUUCAAAGAGAGGGUCAUUUCGAGGUUCGUCUCAAGGAGCCGGACGUGGCGUUGAUCCAAAAGAUUCCAGAGCGUCUGAAGAUGCAGCUGCACGAGGAGAUGUUUUUGGCCUCCUUGCAGAACUUGAACAUUUGGCCUCCAACCACCGAGGACGAUCAGUACUUUUUCACGACGGUGUGCCACCACGCGAUGGAGGAGCAUUCAGCAAUCCCUGGACAGGACGUCUUCCUACCAGGCACUGACUGCCACGACGUUUACAUCAUCGAGUCGGGUUUCAUGGGCUACGUGUUGCCGCCGGGCGACUUCACGAUGGACGCGGAAAAGGUGCAAGGGAGCCUUUGCUUGCCGUGCCUUUGGGCCGAAUGGACGCAUCGUGGCCGAUUGGCGGCCAACAUGGGCAUUUGCUACUACGCCAGACUUCGGUGUGACCAGUUCUGCAUCAUCAUUAAGAAGUUCGGAGGUCCCUUAUUUCAGCAUCUGCAGAUCUUUGGCAUCCUUCUCGUCAGCGAGGUAGAGGCUAUGGAUGAUGAAGGGAUCGAAGUGACCGACAUGGGGCUGGAUGAGGAGCUGAUGCGGGGCUUCGUGAGCCGCGCCGAACGCUUUGCCAGCUUGCAGAAGUUCUCGGCAGGUCGCCACACUACGCAGUCCUUGGACCAGGGCGCCCAUGGCAUCUACAGCGUGGCGGCCAUGAAGUCAAUCCAUCAGGAGGACGAGGGCUCUGUGAUAGAGCUGAUCACAGAGAAGAUGUGAAUUCGGACCAACCCGACCGCUGGUGGCGAACAGCUUCACCUGUAUGUGGUCCUGGUCCUGGAUCACGGUUUGGCGGCAGCGGUUUCACAUUCGAAAAAGAACAACGCGACGGUCCUCCCCUGCCCCAGCGCAAUGAGCGGCUCAAGCCGUGCUCUCUCCCCGCUGGCAGGGGGGCCCCGUGUCAGCCGCGCGGAAAUCUGGGC